AUGAGUCCCUUCUGGUCGGUCUAUGAAAAAGCUUGCCAUCUCCCGGUUGAGAUAGAGCAUAAAGCGUAUUGGACAGUUAAGGAGUGCAACAUGGUGUUGCAAAAGGCAGGUGUAGAAAGGAAGCUUCAAUUGGAAGAAUUAGAGUGUUUGAGGUUGGAGACUUACGAUAAUGCCCGCAUAUACAAAAAAAGAACUAAAACGGUACAUGAUCAGCAUAUCAAGCGGAAGGAAUUCCAAGUUGGUAAUUUGGUGAUACUAUACAAUUCAGGGAUGAGGUUGCUACCAAAAAAGCUCAAAUCCAGAUGGGAUCAUCUGUAUAUUGUUGAUAAAGUUGAGCCCUAUGGAGUUGUUCACUUACGUCAUCUCAAGUUAUACCAUCAUACUAAUCCCAAGAGUGACAAGGAGGUGGAAUUUUUCUUCUUGAAGGAUCCACCCGGAGCUUGCAAAUGA